AUCUGGGACAAUUUUGACCAAAAAAUAAUUUUUUUAAUUUUUGGAUCAUUAGAAGAAGGGAUAUCUGAAAUACCAUAAUCUAAAUUUUUAUGUCAAACAAAUCACUAGAAAUAUGUUAAAUUCAAGUUCAAAGUCAAGGAUAACACGGUAUUGAAUAACCUUUUGGCGCUCCCUUCACACGAAAAUCGCAUUAUUUUCUUUGAAAAUUCAUUAAAAAUAAAAUUGUUAAGCAAAACCUAUCAAAUAGGGCAUCAAAAUGAAGAGGAAAACAAGGUCUGAAUUCCUAGACUAGUUUCAUACAUGUGCAAUACUGCCAUCUAGAGGUGGAGACAAAAUAAUCACUUUUCUUCAAACUCGUGUGAUUUGGCUGUGUGUGGAUACUCGACUCAAAAUGCCUCGCAAAACCCCAAAAUACGUAAAAAAGAAGAAUUUCUUCAGAGGAACACCAUACCAUGUCAUGAAAAAGCUGGAAAAUAGAGAAGAAGAGGAAGAGGAAGUGAUUACAGCAUCAGAAAGAAAGCUAUCCCUCAACAAAACCAGUGAAAGCCCAGAUCUACAAAGCGGUCCCACAUGUACAGAUUCACGUAGGGAUCUUGAAGGAUUUUACCUGAUCAGUGGAAAACAGCUUGCUUCUGCUUUGCAAAGGGCUCACGUGUGCCAGGGAGGGCAUCUGAUUCCUUUUGAGGACCAAACGAAGAGGGAGGGGCUGAGUUGCACCCUGGUCCUACGAUGUUCCAUCUGCAGUAAAGAGGAGGAAUUUUGCACCUCAGAGAAUGCAUGUGAAGGGCCAGGGAAGUCUGCUGAGAUAAACAGAAGAGCUACGCUGGCAGCCAGUGAAGUGGGACUAGCACGUGAGGGACUAUGUGACUUCACAUCAAUCCUGGGUACUUCGCCACCUGUUACAGCCCCAUCUUACGAACGCCAUCUGGCUGCAUUGUCAAAAGCAGCACAAGAAGCAUCUGAGGAGCACAUGAAGAUGGCGGCAGAGUGCCUACGGAGGAGGGCCAUGGAUAAAGAUCCAUCAAUAAAGGAGGAUGACUUUGUGGAGGUGGCAGUGUCCUACGAUGGUACUUGGCAUAGGCGUGGCCACACAUCGAAUCAUGGGGUGGGGGUGGUGAUCUCAAUAGAUACUGGGGAGGUUUUGGAUACGGAGGUACUAUCAAAAACAUGUAAACAAUGUGAGUAUAGGAAGGGCUGGGAUAAAAGUAGUGAUAAAUAUAAGGCGUGGGAAGCUAGUCAUAAGGAUGUUUGCUUAGGGAUUCAUAAAGGGAGUAGUGGAAAAAUGGAGGUAGAUGCGGCUGUUAAAAUUUGGGGUAGAUCUGAAGAUAAAUAUAAAUUAAGGUAUAAGUAUAUGUUAAGUGAUGGGGACAGUGCAGCAUACAAAGCAGUUAAGGAUAUAUAUGGGGAUGAAUGUACAGUACAUAAAUUAGAUUGUGUAGGGCAUGUGGGUAAAAGAAUGUAUAAGGCACUUGAUAAGGUAAGGAAGGAUAACAAGGGUAAGUUAGAGGAUGGGAAGGGGGUAGGGCGGGCUAAGGGUAGGCUAAGAGGGACAGCAGAUACAGGGUCAAUUGGUAGGUUAUGUAAAUUAUAUAGGUCAACAAUUCGAAGUAAUACAAUUAAUAUGAAGGCUUUAGAUAAUGAUAAUGAUAAGAAAGAGGCAGUGGAGAAGAUGCGCAGGGCAAUACUGGCUAUUCUCUAUCAUUCAGUCACAUUGUCUGAUAGUGAUGUGCGCCAUCAGUAUUGUCCGGAAGAUGGUUGGUGUGAAUACAAAAAGACAGGAAAAGAGAAGAUGAAUGAGAAUCACUUGGAUCCCGUGUUUCUCGAGCUUCUACUUCCUACAUUCACGCGACUCAGUGAUCCAGAUCUCCUUGAGAGAUGCCUCCCAGGUAUCACCCAGAACCAGAAUGAGAGCUUCAAUGCUCUCAUCUGGAAAAGGUGUCCUAAACACCUGUGGAGAGGUCCACGUGUUGUUCGCACUGCAGUCAACCUUGCAAUUCUUGCGUUCAACUGUGGCGCAGAGUCUAGUCGCUACAGAAUUUUCAAAAAACUAAAUCUCAAAAUGGGAAUUCACACUACCAUUUGUGCGCAGAUUAAAGAUAAAUAUAGGAUAAAGAGGGCAAGAACUAGGGCAAGGGAGGUCAGUAAAAGAAGGAGGAAGGCACUUAGGGCAUUAAGGAAAAGUAGGGAUGAAGCUGAUGAAGAAAGGGAAGGGGGGUUGUAUUCGAUGGGUGGCUAUUAAGCUAAGGGAAUUGUCAUAGUACAUGAAUUUUUGAGGUGUAAAUAUCGCCCGCAUGAUCAUAUUCCCUUACUGCGCACGCGAAAAUUGAAUGAAUUUAUAAUUAUUUAUUUUCCUGUUGUAAAUAUUUGUUAAUAGUUAUAUCUAAUGUCCAAUUUUGAUUUGUAUUAUUUAUAUGAAUUUGGAUUUUACUUUUAAUUUCUAAUUCUUAAUCUAUGAAUUCAUUUAUUACGUAUUUCAUUCAUUUUUUAUGUUUUUGUUUUUUAUUAUUUUAAUAUCUUCUUUUAUUUUUUAUUUUUAUUUAUUUUCUUUUAUUAUUUAUUAUUUUUUAUUAUUUUUUUGUAGCAAUUAAUGACGACAAUUGGUAGGACACUGCCACUGCCUGUCUAAUAAUCACUUACACUGCCCCAGCAUCAUAUAUUCAGGAGGGUCCAGUAGCAUUAUCAGAUAUUAACGCUGGCUGCUGGACCCUCCCAUUUCGUGCAAUAUUUUUUAAUCAAUGUUAAUUAUCAUAAAUGUGUAAAUAUGUAAAUAUUUUGUUGUAAAUUUGUAUAUGUAUGUAAACAUUGCAUUUGUAAAUAUAAAAUAUGUAUAUAUUGCAUAUAUCAGCUUUCUGAAGUACUUAUUUUGUCAUAGAGAUGGAUAUAGGGGUGUUUGAUACAUGCGUUCUACAUGCAGUGAGUAUGAGCUUUUUGUUUUCUUUGUUUUCUCAGAAUAGUGAUUUUGUGUGUUGGUGUGACACUGUGGCCUAAGAUUGAGGAUGAAGAAAAAGGUGUAGAGUGUCCAAAUUUGGUGUGGAAUAUCAGUGAUAUAUGUGCUACAAGUCUAUUAAAAAGUUUUUUUAAAUCUCUUAUUGUUUUUUUAAUUAUUGAUGAACGAAUACAUAAUUACGUGUGAUCAGAAAAAUAAAGAAUAACAAAAGUAAAAGAAAAAAUCAUAAAAAAUAAAAGAAUUUCUUUUUUCAUCAAAAGCUCUCAUGGAUUGAUGUAUACAUUCAAAUGGAAUAAAUAUACCAAAUAUCAAAUGAAUCUAAUGAGUAGUUAUCCUUAAAUCUUGCCCACUUCCUUUUUCUUAUGUUUUUCUUUAUAUGCAAAUUAGGGGUUAAUUGUGCUACUUUUUGUGCGCGUGAAAUUAUACCUUAACAAUAUAACUAUGAAUGUAUAAAAAAAUUUCUGAGGUAAAUGCUAUCAAAUAUUGAAAAAAUGCACUGAAGCACAAAUUUGUCACAAACUAUAUAAAUCAC